AUGAAAAAGCUUCUCAAAGUUAUGCUCUUCUUGAUCGUUUAUUUGACGUGCUCAAAGGCAAUGGUACCGUAUCGUGGUUCCGACGUCGACGUGAUUAGGCUAGUUCCUGGAGGUGGAUUGGGAAAGUACGAGAGAACAGAGUCGAAGAAGAAAAUUUAUUCGGGUCGGUUAUGA